CCAGCCGGGCUAAAGAGAGCGAGAGUAGUAUCACUGUUUUGCUCCAAAUCUGUUCGGCUGCUAAGGUGUUAAGUAAUUUCUCCAGGGGUGGUGGUGGUGGUGUCUGUCUGGAAUAGGACCUUUUCGGAUUUGUGUAUAAACAAAGAUUCGUCGAUGCUUCUUUCUGUGUGCUCUUGGUGCCGAAAUCCGUUCUCAGUGCUCCCACACGCGGUGGCGAUUGUUAGCCGCAAGAUUCCCUCCCAAGAGGAUGUUGGAGAUGUAGUGAAGCGAUUGGUCACGAUCUCCGGUUGGUUUUACAGGUGGCAGAUACAACCAUUGCAGUGCUAAUCGGAACGUGGUCCACUCAAGUCGAUGCUGAAGAAGUGUGGUGUAAAAAGUGUAUGCGAUGCAGCUCUACAGUCGGUUCUAUGCUGAAGUGAUCUUGAUCAUUUACUGUGCAAUCAUUCAAAUUAAAGUUCUCUACGGUGAUCAGAUGGAUCCCUUCGAUUGUCCCGCUGCAGAACGGAUCGAUCUAACGGAGGGUGUCCCAGAUCUCCAAGGUUCUAUUCGAUUCGCCGGGAAUGUUUAUCCGUCCGAGAACUACACCCAACGCUCGGACCACAACCAUCGCUACAGCUGUGUGUGUGCCGUGCGCAAGUGUGUGUACGUGUGUUGCUAUCACAUUAAUCGAACGGAAUGUGAACAAUCGGCCCUGCCCUUAAAUCGAACCAGCCUAAACCGAGCGAGCUGGAGCGACGUGGACUUGCUGGAGGAGGUUGAUCUACGGGAGAGUAGCGAGUACUGGCUGAUCUAUGCGACGCCACCGGCCUGGAGCAGUAUGCCCGGCUACUCGCUACAGAUCGCGGGCCAUGAAGGUGAACUAAUUAAUGAUGGAAGCUUUGCGUAUGGGGCGAAAGUGUACGCGAGCAGAACGUACUGCAUAAAUCCCGCUGAAGAUUCGACGCCCCACGUGUGGAUAAUGGAAACGGACGAGCAUCUGGAGGUGCACCGGUGGCAUUCGCUGGGUAUGAUCAUCUCCAUACCGUUUCUCGUAGCAACGUUGAUCGUGUACGCUCUUAUACCGGACCUGCGUAACAUCCCUGGAAAGUCGCUGAUGUGCUAUGUCUUAAUGCUGAUGGUUAGCUAUCUGGCACUGAUACUGAUCAAGCGCAGCGUGUUUGAUGGUUCACCCGAUUGGUGUACGGGCAUCGGGUACGCGUACUACUUUUCGGUAAUGUCAAGCUUCUUCUGGCUUAAUUUGAUGGCGUUCGACAUCUUCUGGACGUUCGGUGGCAGGCGACGACGGACGACUGAUCAGGGGAAAUUUCUACUGUACUGCUGCUACGGGUUUGGCAGUCCGUUGAUCUUCCUGGCGAUCGCACUGUUGGCGGAUCAUACCGAACUGAUGUAUACGAGCCUGCGGCCAGGGUUCGGCGAUGGGCAGUGUCUUUUUAAGGGAGAGCAAUUUGUAUCAUUUUUGUAUCUGUACCUUCCGUUGGUGCUGCUGGUGAGUGCAAAUCUGUUCUUCUUCAUCAGCACUGCUGCAAAGAUCAACAGCAUAGAGCGCACCACAGCGGCAGCUCUUCAAGGAGAGUCGGGACGACACAGCAAGUAUACGAACGAACGAAGUAGAUAUGGCCUGUACGUCCGGCUGUUCGUAGUGAUGGGUGUAACGUGGACGUUUGAGUUCAUUACCUGGUUCGCUGACGCGCAGAACUGGCUAGUGUAUGCGACGGACGUCUGUAACUGCAUCAGCGGUGUGUUUAUCUUCUUCCUGUUUGUGUGGAAGCGCAAAGUGUGGAAGCUGCUGCAACAGAGGCUUAGCGGUAAGGAAGUGCAAAAACGCAACCAGGCACUGUUUUCGGUGAGCGGUACGAGAACCACUAGCUUGGCACCGGGCCGCAAACUGUCCACUUUAAAGAUGGAUACUUCCAGUUUCUAGUGGUGUUUAGCAGUGAAUUUUUUAGAUACCGAUUUCAUGCCAAGUGCCACGAAAGUGAAGGUAAAUAGAGUAGAUCCGUUGUACGCUUUGUUUUAUUUUAUGAGCUAAUACCUGCACCAUGGUAUUCGACUUAUUGAAAAACAGUUAAUCGUCAAGAUGUCAACAGUACCUCCGUUUUGAAGGCAUAUAAAAUGAUCGAAUGUUUUAGGUACAUUUACAGAUAAUAAUUUACCGCAGCCUUAAUUUUUUUUAAAUUAAAUGAUUCAUUAUCAAACAAUUCGAAACAACAUUAAGCAUUCAAGCUAAAAUUUGAAAUAAAUUUAAAUGUUUAU